UUAUCUCUGCUGCCUUGUUGUUGACAGUAUGCCUACGAGGGGAACGACAUCAGUGACCUGCCAGUGGAUUUGUCCGUGGUCUGGAAUGGGAACUUUAACAUCGACAACCCCUACAACAUAAAAGCUCACCUGUACAAGUGCUACGCCCUGAGGGACAGCUGCGGCAUGUGUCUGAAGGCCAACCCCAGGUUCGAGUGCGGCUGGUGCGUACAAGAGAAGAAGUGCUCCCUGCGCCAGGAGUGCACGCCCGCCGAGAGCACUUGGAUGCACGCCACCACGGGGAACAGCCGCUGUGCACACCCCAAGAUCACCAAGCUGUUUCCUGAGACCGGGCCCAGGCAGGGAGGAACCAUGCUGACGAUCAUGGGCGAGAAUUUGGGCCUGCAGUUCAAAGACAUCCAGAGCGGAGUCCGCAUCGGAAAAGUGGCCUGCAAUCCUCAAGAAGAUCAGUACAUCAGCGCCGAGCAGAUCGUGUGUCGACUCAACGACGCCACAGGUUACAGGGUGCAGGAGGCCCAAGUGGAAGUGUGCGUGAGGGACUGCAGUCAUCCCGACUACAAAGCGGUCUCAACCAAGGCCUUCACUUUUGUGUCUCCAUACUUCACCCACGUCACUCCGUCCACCGGGCCGCUGUCUGGAGGAACACGGAUCACCAUAGAAGGAAGUCAUCUCAACGCCGGCAGCGCCGUGUUUGUGAAGAUAGGACUUCAUGCCUGCCGCUUUGAGAAGCGCAGCAGCAAGGAGGUGGUGUGCGUGACCCCGGCGGGCCUGGCCCCGGGUACCACCCCCGUCAUGGUGGACAUCAACUCUGCCGAGCUGAGGAACCCCGAGGUGAAGUUCAACUACACGGACGACCCCACCAUCCUCAGGAUGGAGCCCGACUGGAGCAUUGCCAGUGGAGGAACCAUGUUGACCAUCACAGGAACCAACCUGAGGACCAUCACCAAGCCCAAGAUGAGAGCCAAGUAUGGAUCUGCCCAGUCCGUCAAUAACUGCACGGUGCUCAACAACACGGUGAUGGUGUGUCUGGCUCCCUCCGUGGCCGGAUCCGACAAAGGCUUCUCCGAGGCGGGCAGCAGUCCGGACGAAAUCGGCUUCAUCAUGGACGACGUGCACUCGGUUUUGGUGGUCAACGAGACGUUCAGCUAUCACCCGGACCCCGUGUUUGAGCCGCUGAGCCCCAACGGCAUGUUGGAGCUGAAGCCCAGCUCUCCGCUUAUACUCAAGGGCCGUAACCUGAUCCCCGCCGCUCCUGGAAACAGCAAGCUGAACUACACGGUGCUGAUCGGGGAGACGCCGUGCGUCCUCACUUUGUCCGAGAGCCAGUUGCUGUGUGAGUGGCCCAACCUGACAGGCCAGCACAAAGUCACCGUGCGUGUUGGAGGCUUCGAAUACUCGCCAGGGACUUUGCAGAUCUACUCUGACAGCCUCCUCACCCUGCCGGCCAUCAUUGGCAUUGGAGGAGGAGGCGGCCUGCUGCUGCUGGUCAUCAUCGUGGUCCUCAUCGCCUAUAAGAGGAAGUCCCGCGACGCUGACCGCACCCUCAAACGGCUGCAACUGCAGAUGGACAACCUGGAGUCCAGGGUGGCCCUGGAGUGCAAGGAAGCAUUCGCAGAGCUGCAGACUGACAUCCACGAGCUGACUCAGGAGCUGGACGGAGCAGGCAUCCCCUUCUUGGACUACCGCACGUACGCCAUGAGAGUCCUCUUCCCGGGCAUCGAGGACCACCCUGUGCUGAAGGAGAUGGAGGUACGGGUCCCCGCCAACGUGGAGAAGGCCCUGACGUUGUUCGGCCAGAUGCUGACCAAGAAGCACUUCUUGCUGACCUUCAUCCGCACCCUGGAAGCGCAGCGGUCCUUCUCCAUGCGAGACCGCGGCAACGUGGCCUCCCUCAUCAUGACGGCGCUGCAGGGGGAGAUGGAGUACGCCACAGGUGUCCUCAAACAGCUGCUGUCCGACCUCAUCGACAAGAACCUGGAGAGCAAGAACCACCCCAAGCUCUUACUUCGAAGGACGGAGUCGGUGGCCGAGAAGAUGCUCACUAACUGGUUCACCUUCCUGCUCUACAAGUUUCUGAAGGAGUGUGCUGGCGAGCCUCUCUUCAUGCUGUACUGUGCCAUGAAGCAGCAGAUGGAGAAGGGGCCCAUAGACGCCAUCACGGGAGAGGCCCGCUACUCCCUCAGCGAGGACAAGCUCAUCAGGCAGCAGAUCGACUACAAGACGUUGACGCUGCACUGUGUGAACCCAGAGAACGAGAAUGCUCCCGAGGUGACGGUGAAGAGUCUCAACUGUGACACGGUGACGCAGGUCAAGGAGAAGCUCCUGGAUGCCGUGUACAAGGGGACGCCCUACUCGCAGAGACCCAAGGCCUCGGACAUGGACCUGGAAUGGCGCCAAGGAAGGAUGGCUCGCAUCAUCCUGCAGGAUGAAGACGUGACCACCAAGAUUGACAACGACUGGAAGAGACUCAACAGCCUGGCUCACUACCAGGUGACAGACGGCUCAGUGAUUGCUCUGGUGCCCAAACAGAACUCGGCAUACAACAUCUCCAACUCCUCCACCUUCACCAAAUCUCUCAGCAGAUACGGUACGAGAGAAGAGAGCAUGCUGAGAACAGCCAGCAGUCCAGACAGUCUGCGCUCCAGAACCCCCAUGAUCACGCCCGACCUGGAGAGCGGCACCAAACUGUGGCACCUGGUGAAGAACCACGACCACUCGGACCAGAGGGAGGGGGACAGAGGCAGCAAGAUGGUCUCUGAGAUCUACCUGACCAGGCUGCUGGCCACCAAGGGGACGCUGCAGAAGUUUGUGGACGACCUGUUCGAGACCAUCUUCAGCACGGCUCACCGAGGCAGCGCCUUGCCGCUGGCCAUCAAGUACAUGUUCGACUUCCUGGACGAGCAGGCCGACAAGCACUCCAUAUCCGACUCGGACGUGCGGCACACGUGGAAGAGCAACUGCCUUCCACUGCGCUUCUGGGUGAACGUGAUCAAGAACCCGCAGUUUGUCUUCGACAUCCACAAAAACAGCAUCACUGACGCCUGCCUGUCCGUGGUGGCCCAGACCUUCAUGGACUCCUGUUCCACGUCCGAGCACAAACUAGGGAAGGACUCGCCGUCCAACAAGCUGCUCUACGCUAAAGACAUCCCCAACUACAAGAACUGGGUGGAGAGGUACUACUCUGACAUCUCCAGGAUGUCGGCCAUCAGCGACCAGGACAUGAGCGCCUACCUGGCCGAGCAGUCCCGCCUGCACGCCAACCAGUUCAACAGCAUGUCUGCGCUACAUGAGAUCUACUCCUACAUCGUCAAGUACAAAGAUGAGAUCUUGUCGGCGUUGGAGCGUGACGAGCAGGCGAGGAGGCAGCGGCUGAGGAGCAAGCUGGAGCAGGUCAUCGACACCAUGGCCCUCGCCAGCUGAGGGUCGGCCGGCGUCCGCUCAGGGCGCUCUCGCUCGCCACGCCCGGCUCCUCCCCCCCUGCGGAACCACCACCAUUACCACCACCACAACUCCACCCCCCCCAACAGUAGGACAAAGUGCAAAAGCGGCGAAGCGGUAAGCCGCAAAGACGGAGGGGGUUCGGCAGAGAUGGGCGGGGUCCAUGUGUUCGAGUGAGCCAGCGGACAUUUCCCGCGCCGCGUCGCUUUUUCCCGGAGCGACGGUCGGCGGAGAACUUUUUUUUUUUUUUUUUCUUCUUCGAUUUGUCUCCGACCGCCCACUCUGGGAUCUCUGGCCACUCGUGUUACUGCUGAAUUUGCACAAUCCACCCCCCGGACAAACGCUACAAAGGAAGAUAUUCUAUAUAAAACACCUUUUUUUUCAAAGACUACUUUUUUUUUUUUGUUGUUGUUAUUGUUGUGUUUGUUUCGACCGGACUUCAAGUGCAAAGAAAGGAAGGAAAAAAAGAAACGAAAAAAAAAAGCCCAAGAAAAAACAAAAACAAGUUGUACCGUGCCAUGUUUCCUUUGAAUGUUGUUUAGUGGAUGCAAAGUGCUAACGUACGAUUCCCUCAAACGCCUCGUGACUGAAGUGAAACCGAAUUGUUUGAGGCCCGGCAAUGAAGUCGGGCGAAGCUCCGCCUUUUUUUUUUUUUUUUUUAAUCCGUCCUGGCAAAUCCUCCGGCGGCCGCUUUUAAACCGAGGAGUUGAUUUUUAUUUCUUCCGCACUCAAAGUCUGCUUAGUGACUGGAGUGUGACAAUUGUUGGUUUGCCACGUGUAAAAUUGUACAUUUUUGACGGUACGCUGAAGGCAGAGAGCGAGCCAGCGGGGCCCCUGAAGGAGGAGGAGGAGGAGGGGCCCCCGUGAUGAGUCUGUGUCUGUGUGAUGAAACGUGACUUUGCUGCUUUCACUCGCUUUGCUGUCCUAUCCAGUCUUGACGGGGCUGCCAUUCCAUGCUGAUCACUAAUGCUGUCCUUCAUGGGGAGUCCACACCUGGUUUACCUUCACUUGUUUACCUGCUUUACCUUCACCUGUGACACCUGGUUUACUUUCACCCUGGUUUACCUUCAACCUGGUUUACUUUCAACCUGGUUUACUUUCAACCUGGUUUACCUUCACCUGGUUUACCUUCACCUGUGCGACCAUUUGGACUGAUGUGUCCCACACCUGCUGCAGCUCUUGCAAUGAUUGUAAUGUAGUGAACAUUUCUCUUCAGGUUAAUUACAAUUUUUAUUGGCAAUGAUUCUUAAUUGAUUUUUUAAAAUCAAUUAAGAACAUUUGUAUUUUUUAUUAGGUGUUUCCCCCCAAAAAAUUGACUCUCAAAUUAAUCACCAUUCUUAUUUGUAACAAUUCCUAAUCGUUUAAAAAAAAAAAAAAAUCUGAUUAAUCGCAAUUGUUAUUUGUAAGAAUUCUUAAUUGAUUAAAAAAAUGCCAUUUAAAAAAAAAAAAAUGUUAUUAGGGGUGUGCAAAAAAACUGAUUGGGUAACACUUUAGUAUGGGGAACAUAUUCACCAUUAAUUAGUUGCUUAUUAAAGUAACAAAGACUUAAUUUAGAGUCAACCUUUUUGAAACCAAGAGCUACUUCUUGGGUAGUGAUUAAUGCGAAGGGCUACCAGUUCGAUACACACUUAAAUAAAUUGCCAGAAUUAGCCAAUUUGCUCAAUUUACCUUUAACUCUAUGUUGUUAUUAGUAAUUAAUGAUAUUUACACUUAAUUGAAUGAUUUAAAAGAGGAGAAAACACACACAAAAAAUGACAAUUACAUUUUGAAACAUAGUUUAUCUUCAAUUUCGACAAUUCAAAAUUCAACCGUAAAAAAAAAAAAAAGAAGAGAAAAACUAGCUAAUUCGAAUCUUUUUGAAAAAUAUUUCACAGAUAUCCUUCGUCGAAAAAACAGAAACUAAAAUGAAGAAUUAAAUUAAAAUGUAUUUAUUAUUCUUUACAAUAAAAAAUAAAUUUACUUGAACAUUGAUUUAAAUUGUCAGGAAAGAAGAGGAAGGAAUCUAAAAGGUAAAAAGGUAUAUGUGUUUAAAAAUCCUAAAAUCAUUUUUAAGGUUGUAUUUUUUCUCUAAAUUUGUCUUUCUGAAAGUUAUAAGAAGCAAAGUAAAAAAAUUAAUGAAUUUAUUUAAACAAGUGAAGACCAAGUCUUUAAAAUAUUUUCUUGGAUUUUCAAAUUCUAUUUGAGUUUUGUCUCUCUUAGAAUUAAAAAUGUCGAGCAAAGCGAGACCAGCUUGCUAGUAAAUAAAUAAAAUUUAAAAAAUAGAGGCAGCUCACUGGUAAGUGCUGCUAUUUGAGCUAUUUUUAGAACAGGCCAGAGGGCGACUCAUCUGGUCCUUACGGGCUACGCGGGCACCACGUUGGUGACCCCUGAUUUGGACACUAGGGGUUAGGGUUAGGGUUAGGGAAGACUCUUAGUUAAUGGCUUACUGGUUGUAUAAUAAGGCCAUGCGGAAUAAGGCAUUAAUAAGUACUUAAUAAUGACUAAUUAAGAGCCAAUAUGUUACUAAUUUGCAUGUUAAUAAGCAACUAAUUAAAUAAUAAUUAGUAUGGAGAACAUAUUCACCAUUAAUUAGUUUCUUAUUAAAGUAACAAAGACUUAAUUUAAAGUUAUUUGGACACUAGGGGAACAUAUAAGGGUUAGGGUUAGGGUUGGGGUUAGAGUUAGGGAAGACUCUUAGUUAAUGGCUUACUGGUUGUAUAAUAAGGCUAUGCAGAAUAAGGCAUUAAUAAGUACUUAAUAAUGACUAGUUAAGAGCCAAUAUGUUACUAAUUUGCAUGUUAAUAAGCAACUAAUUAAUGGUGAAUAUGUUCCCCAUACUAAAGUGUUACCAUUACUUAUUUUCAGAUUAAUCGCAAUUGUUAUUUGUAACAAUUCUUAAUCGAUUCAAAAAAUUACAGUUAUUUAUUUUUUUAUUAGGGGUGUGCAAACAUUUUUCAUGUUCCCCAUACUAAAGUGGUACCAUUUAUUUUUUUUCUGAUUAAUUGCAAUUCUUAUUUGCAACAAUUCCUAAUAGAUUAAAACAAUUCAAUUUAUUUUGUUUCAUUUUUAUUAGGGGUGUGCAAAAAAAAUUAUUGUGUAACACUUUAAAGAUUAAAGAUUAAAGUACCAAUGAUUGUCACACACACACUAGAUGUGGUGAAAUUUGUCCUCUGCAUUUGACCCAUCCCCUUGGGGAGCAGUGGGCAGCAGCGGCGCCGCGCCCGGGAAUCAUUUUGGUGACUUAACCCCCAACUCCAACCCGUGUUGCUGAGUGCCAAGCAGGGAGGUUAUGGGUCCCAUUUUUAUAGUCUUUGGUAUGACUCGGCUGGGAUUUGAACUCCAACCUACCGAUCUCAGGGCGGACACUCUAACCACUAGGCCACUUAGUAUGGGGAACAUAUUCACCAUUAAUUAGUUUUUUUAUUAAAGUAACAAAGACUUAAUUUAGAGUUAUUUGGACACUAGGGGGACAUAUAAGGCUUAGGGUUAAGGUUGGGGUUGGGGUUGGGGUUGUGGUUAGGGUUGGGGUUAGGGUGACUAAUAAUCAAUAAUUCUGAGGUUAUUGAGGGAAGACUCUUAGUUAAUGGCUUACUGGUUGUAUAAUAAGGCCAUGCAGAAUAAGGCAUUAAUAAGUACUUAAUAAUGACUAAUUAAGAGCCAAUAUGUUACUAAUUUGCAUGUUAAUAAGCAACUAAUUAAUGGUGAAUAUGUUCCCCAUACUAAAGUAUUACCUAAUAUUUAUUUUCAGAUUAAUCGCAAUUCUUAUUUGCAACAAUUCUUAAUGGAUUCAAACAAUUCAAAUUAUUUUGUUUUCUUUUUAUUAGGGGUGUGCAAAAACAAUGAUGGGUAACACUUUAGUACGGGGAACAUAUUCACCAUUAAUUAGUUGCUUAUUAAAGUAACAAAGACUUAAUUUAGAGUUAUUUGGACACUAGGGGAACAUAUAAGGGUUGGGGUUAGGGAAGACUCUUAGUUAAUGGCUUACUGGUUGUAUAAUAAGGCUAUGCAGAAUAAGGCAUUAAUAAGUACUUAAUAAUGACUAACUAAGAGCCAAUAUGUUACUAAUUUGCAUGUUAAUAAGCAAUUAAAUAAUGGUGAAUAUGUUCCCCAUACUAAAGUGUUACCAUUAUUUAUGUUCAGAUUAAUUGCAAUUCUUAUUUGUAACAACUCUUAAUCGAUUCAAAAAAUUAUUUAUUUUUAUUUUUAUUAGGAGUGUGCAAAAAAAAUGAUUGGGUAACACUUUAGUAUGGGGAACAUAUUCACUAUUAAUUAGUUGCUUAUUAAAGUAACAAAGACUUAAUUUAGAGUUAUUUGGACACUAGGGGAACAUAUAAGAGUUAGGGUUAGGGAAGACUCUUAGUUAAUGGCUUAGGGUUGUUUAAGGGUUAGGGUGAGAGGGUAAGGGUUCGAAGGGUUAGGGUUAGGGUUACUAAUAAUCAAUAAUUCUGAGGUUAUUGAGGGAAGACUCUUAGUUAAUGGCUUACUGGUUGUAUAAUAAGGCCAUGCAGAAUAAGGCAUUAAUAAGUACUUAAUAAUGACUAAUUAAGAGCCAAUAUGUUACUAAUUUGCAUGUUAAUAAACAACUAAUUAACGGUGAAUAUGUUCCCCAUACUAAAGUGUUACCAUUAUUUAUUUUCGCAAUUCCUAUUUGUAACAAUUCUUUAUCGAUUAAAAAAAUUCAAAUUAUCAUUAUUUAUUUUUUUAUUAGGUUAAUUAUUAAGUAAAUUUGGAAAAUGUUUUCUGUCCUGUCCCUCAGACAAAUGAUAUAGUAGAUGUAGAUGAUCUAUAUCUGCUGUGCAUAUUGACUUUAGAAAAGACAAGUGUUGGAUACUUCUUCUUUGGAUUCGACUUUAUUAAAUGUUUGGGGAGAAUUUUUAUUCAACACCUUUUCUUUGAAGUAAUACAAACAUUGAUUAGAUGUGUUGAACUAGAUUCCUCCAUACAAUAAUAAGGUGGUCAUAGAACUGCCACUCAAGGUUAAGUAUGGAUUUUGAAUGGAGAAUGGAAUUGUUACUCCCAAGAAUGGAAUCAAAAAAAAUGUCAGUCCAAAUAGAAACACACGCGACAAAAAGGUGAUGUCAGACUUUUUUGUUCUGUUUUAAAGAAAGCCAACUUUCAUCCUCUCAGGUUUACUUAUGUGGCAGGUGUGACAACUUGCUUGUUGUAAAUGUGUCACACACACACACACACACCAUACAUUCAUGCAUUCAUACGGCCCCAUUCCUGGGUGGAUCUCGCGUGAGAGGAAGAGAGGGAAUCAUUUUUGCAGCGCGGUCUUACUGAAAGUGGAAUUGCCACAAAACCCAUUUUAAGCCAUUCCAACACUCUUCUGUCACGUUUCAUGUGUCAGGUAAAAGGGGGUGUGACGAAUGGGGCCGUGUGAAUCCUGAAGUCCUCGCAGACAUUUUUCUAUUAAACACUUUUCCCCAACUGGCCAAUGAGAAGCUGGCUUGGUGUCACAUGACCAUACAAUCUAAUAGUAGUGGUCAAAGUGGUCUCCACCAGGAAAACACACCCAUGUCCAUUUGUGUGGGCGUGGCUUACGGUUCUCACCUCUCCGGCUCAUUUCUGGCUCCGAAGAAGAAGUGAGACUUUAGCGCCGGUCUGAAGUUUGCAGGUUCAUUGUGUAAAUAUUCUGUUCUUUCCUAUUUUGCAGAUUUACUACGUGUAAAUAAAACACGCAUCAAGGAGAGAUUAAACAUUU